UCUACAUUCUUGUUGAAAAUUGUGCUUUGUUGUUUACACCACUUUUUGCGCGUUGGUUAUUUUGUUAUGGCGUGAUUAAGUGUUAUAAAAUUUCCCUUUGGUUUUAGUGUGGUUGUUUCAAAUUUUAUGAUCGUUUUUGUUUGAAAAAUGUCUUGUAGUUCUAGUGAAGACAUACCAGAACAGUGUAAAGAGUUGUUCACUCAAGAUGGUGUGCUACUCAAAGCGAGCAUCGGCCGUCCAAUAUCCGACUUGAAUUCCAUUGGAAUGCUGUGUAUAGUGCAGAACGGUGAUGGCACCAAAUGCAUUGAGUGGAGACCCAAUGAUCUCAUCACCAUCGACUCAGAUACACAAGACCAAGAAUGGGCCGUUGUUCACACUAUCGGUCGCCGUCAGCGUACCCUAAGCGGCAAUAUGACAUCGGAUUACGCUGCCGCGCGCGCUCGCAUUGUCCGCAUACCGCUGGACGAGCUCAAAACAUUUAAAGUCACAAGGAACAGCCAGCAGAUGCAAUUCACCACGAAACCGGGCAUCUGGCAGAACACGUUCUACUUCCAACAUGGGAACGCGGAAAUCUUCGUAGCGUACCUGAAGAAUCAUGUGAAAACAGCGAAGACCAGGCACGACAGGAAUACGUAUGUGGUCGUCGAGCCGAACAACGAAUCCCAAGUACUGAACAGGUCGUUUGCGGAACUGGACAUAUUCACGGAGAAUACGACGGACGUUGUAUGGAAUCUGGUGUCGAAUUUUAAGCAGCGGCCCUACGAAACAACUAUGGAGGCUUUUUCGAAGCUUACCGAUAUAGUGUAUUACGGUAACGAGGGUCUGAACGGGAAACGCGAUGUGUCCGAGGAGGUGGCUGAUCUACUGACGCGCAGCAUGAGCGCUCUGGAGGACGCCACCACCGCCUCCAGGGCGGAGGAGUACGAAGUGAUCAGCGUCAAACCCACGUUGCCGCCGAGACCGUGUAUACCCAGAGGUACGCCAUUAUCGACUGAGAAAUGGGAGGGACUGCAAGACACGGAUGGCAGGAUACUAGAGGUGGAUGGUGUUAAACAACUAAUUUUCAGAGGUGGCGUCGCGCAUUCAAUCAGACACUCAGUAUGGAAGUAUCUCCUCGACUACUAUCCGUGGAGCGCGACCAGCAGCGAGCUGCGUGCGCUGCAGAAGAGAAAGACAGAAGAGUACUUCUCCAUGAAGCUCCAGUGGCGGUCCAUCACCGACAAACAAGAGUCGCGCUUCAGCGAAUACAGAGAGAGAAAGAGUUUGGUGGAAAAAGAUGUCAACAGAACGGACCGGACUCACCCGUUCUAUUCCGGAGACAAUAAUCCCAACUUGAUAGUCCUGCAGGAUAUUCUAAUGACAUAUGUGAUGUAUAAUUUCGACCUGGGCUAUGUGCAAGGCAUGAGCGACAUAUUGGCCCCGCUAUUGUUGCUAUUGGGCAAUGAAGUAGACAGCUUUUGGUGCUUCGCUGGCUUUAUGGAGAGGAUCGCAUCGAACUUCGACAUGGACCAAGCCGGUAUGAAGCAGCAACUCCUGAAUCUGCAGCAGCUGCUGACCUUCGCCAGCCCGGAGCUCGCUAAGCAUCUGGCAUCUAAGGACUCCGGGAAUAUGUACUUCUGCUUCCGGUGGCUGCUGGUCUGGUUCAAACGGGAGUUCUCGCAUCGGGAUAUUAUGAGACUAUGGGAAGUGCUAUGGACUGGCUUGCCAUGCGCUAAUUUCCAUUUAUUUAUAUGUGUUGCCAUACUUGACGCUGAAAAAGAUGUUCUUAUUAGUGGGGACUAUGGAUUUACUGAAAUAUUAAAGCAUGUCAACGACCUCUCAAUGUGCCUGGAUGUAGACAAGAUACUAAGCACAGCGGAGGGCAUAUACCACCAAGUGAUAUCCGCACCGCACCUCACCGACCAAGUUAGGGUUAUACUCGGCAUGCCGAUAACGAAAGUAGAGCCCGUUGCCAAGGAAACGGACAAUGGUAAACCGGAUAUGGAGGAAGUUAUGUAUCAGAUAGGCUUAGAUAUGAAUUUUUAAGGUUACACUCGAAUAUAACGGACUUCAGAUUUCAGUUGUGACUCAAACAGUAUGGGCGUUGCUUGCCUAAUGUAAAUAUUAUGUAGUAUUACGGACUGGACAAUAUGUGAUAAUUUUAUAUUUUUAUAUAAACCUGUCAUGGACAUCAACGAAUCGCAUUCCAUACGAAAUGUUACAUAGAUUUAUCAUCAGUAUUGAGUAAUUUAGUAAACCGUCAUUUGAUCAUCAGAAUGAUAGGUUUUUAUAUACUAUAAUUAUUAAAUAUUGAAUUCAGUCUUGCCCACCCAGUAUAGAUUUAUAAAAUGAUAAUCUAAUGAGUUGUUAUUUCUAAUGGUGCAUUCACACAAUCGUGCGAAUAGCGAACGCACAUGUGUAAAUGCACCAUUACAAAUGCUACGCCCAUCAAGUGCCGAUAGAUAUUUAAUAUGAAUGUAGGUGUUAAAAUUGUUAGUGCUGGUUUCGUAGCAUAUGUUAUGUCUGUGAUGAGUUUUAAAAUUAAUUGCGAAAUUUAUCUUAGAAGGCAGGUAGGCCGUUUGCAUGUUAACAAACACUUCACAUUAAUUUAUUUUCUUACAAAUAUUUUUCAUGUCUUAUUUUGUGUUAAAAUAAAUUAUUGUUCUCAUUAUAUAUGUAUUAUAAACAUUUAAAAAAAGCUGAUUUUUUAUUUCACU